UGUAAACCACUCUUCGUUAAGUACACAAGCUAUGACGUCAAUGAAAGCUGAAGACAUCGCGAUGCGUUUGUGGAAGUUAAAAAAAGAAAGAGAAGAAGAAGACACGAAAUCAAGGAGAAAGCAGAGCGACUUGUCAAGUACUGGCUCAGAUAUGGAUGAUUUCGAGGUAUUAUCUUACGAGGAGAAUGGAGAUGAUAUUGAAGAGGAAGAAGAAGAGGACAAAAAGUUGGAUUCGAAUAAAGAUGUUGUAAUGACGGAAACAAAACCGACACAAUCGUACAUCGCGCUUAUCGCAACAGCGAUUUUAAAAUCGUCUGAGAAAAGACUAGUGCUGUCAGAUAUUUACAAGUACAUUAUGGACAAAUAUCCGUUUUUUCAAAGUCAAGAUAAAAGUUGGAGAAACAGCAUCCGACAUAAUUUAUCAUUAAACGAAUGUUUCAUAAAAGUUGGAAGAAGCGAGCAAGGGAAGGGACACUACUGGGCGAUACACCCGGCAAAUUACGACGACUUUUCACAGGGUGAUUUUCGACGCCGUCGAGCAAGAAGGCGAGUGCGACGGAGCUUUUUCGAUUGCCUUCCUUACGGUUCGUACUCAAUGCGACAACAGCCGAUUUCCCGGCAGUUAUAUUACCCCGAUCAUUACACGAUGGUUCCUUACGAAAAUCAACGGCAACAUUAUUACAAACGGUUUAUGCCUGCAGAAUUCCGACCGAGAAUUACCGAAAUAGCCGCGAAAAAGUUCGAACGAAUACCCGAGUUAACAAAAUUCAACGAAAAGCCGUUCUAUUCCGUCACGUCGGCUCUGCGUCCAAACGAGAAUCAAAACAAAGGUAAAAAAUCAACUUUAUUCACAAUCGAUAACAUUCUCAAUAACAACAAACAAGACGAAAGUCGUAAUGAAAAAGUGGAUAAACUUUCAAGUCCAGCUUUUGCAUGUAAUUGCCACUCUUGCGGCGUGAGAGACUCGAGAAUGUUCCCGACGUAUCACGGCGCGUGGUCAAAAUACACGUCGUCGGGAUUUUCACGUCAGUUUAUAUGUUGACGGUGAAAUAAACGUUUCGACAAAACAGAAAGAUAGGACUUAAUAUUUUACUAACACCAACAAUUUCUUGUUCAACAGAUUGUAAAUGUUUUUAUUAAUAUAUAAUAUAAAUAUAUAUAUAUAAUAGAUAUGAUAAAUACUUGUAUAUAACCGGGAUAAUUUAUGAAAACUUAU